AUGGCACUGAGCGAAAACUGCAAAACCCAACCUGCAAAAGAGCAAGGCUCAGUGCAAAAUCCUCCAUCAGAUGUUAUAGAACUAAACGUGGGUGGACAGGUGUAUUACACUCGUCAUGCCACCUUAACAAGCUUUCCAAAUUCAUUUCUUGGGAAGCUGUUCUCUAACAAGAAAGGGUCUUCAAAUGAUUUGUCCCGGGACCUUAGAGGACGGUAUUUUAUUGACAGAGAUGGCUUUCUGUUCCGGUAUGUAUUGGAUUACCUCAGAGACAAGCAAGUUGUCCUCCCUGACCACUUCCCCGAGAGAGGAAGGUUGAAACGAGAAGCGGAAUACUUUCAGCUGCCAGAAUUGGCCAAACUUUUGUCAUCUGAUGAAUCAAAAUUAUUUCCAGACGACUUGUACUUCAGUGAUUUCGACGAUGUGUCGCAGGGCAGUGAGAGGUUUUAUCCCUCUUACUCCAUGGAUAGGAGGUAUGGCUACAUCACCGUCGCUUUCAAAGGCGUUUGCGCCGCGGGCGGCAGAGAGAGCCAGACUGAUGUCAAAGCCAAAAAGUUACCGAGGAUCUUCAUCAGCAGCAGGAUUGGCUUGGCCAAAGAGGUAUUUGGAGACGCUCUGAAUGAGAACAGAGACUCUGACAGGCCACCGGACCGAUACACCUGCAGGUUUUACCUCAAGUUCAGGCACCUGGAAAGAGCUUUUGACAUGCUGUCAGAGUGCGGCUUCCACAUUGUGGCCUGCAAUACGUCCCUGACUGCGUCCUCAGUUGGUCAUUACGCAGAUGACAGGGUCUGGUCCAAUUACGCACAGUACAUCUUCUACCGUGGGCCCUCUCGGUGGUCGUCCUCCCACUGUGACUGCUGUUGCAAGAGCCACAAAAGUGAGCGUGAGGGGGAGAGCGGCACUUCUUUCAACGAGCUCUCCACUUCUUGCUCUGAGACCCAGUCGGAGGCCAGCUCCCCUCAAGGAACCGUGAUCUGUGGCCCUGUGAGCCGGCACUCCAACAUCCACACUCUGGAUCGUCCCAUGCACAAAGGACCAGCUCACAUGCUGCAGCAGGCAGAGAUGCGCCGCAAGACUGACAUGCUCCGUGUGAGAACCUUUGGGGUCCGGGAGCGAGAGGCUGCAAAGAGGAAAGCAAACAAGGAGAAGAUGACUCCUGAACAGGAGCUGGAGAAAUGCAUCCAGGACUUCCGUCGCAUUAGGAUUCCUGAUCGCUUUCCAGAGAGGAAGUACAUGUGGCAAUCGGACCUGUUGAGAAAGUACCGUCUCUAA